GGCAGUUCCGGUGCACGUGCUGAUGUUGGUUGGAAUGAUUGGUCUACCAAUCACAAUGUUUGUUAUCCCGGCCUGUACGGAGUUCGCCGGCCUGUUGAUAGACCUGAUGUUGAUGGGUUGGUGUAUGGGCUGUAUCGAUUGUGUGGCCAACUUAAGAAUGAUCAGACGAUUCGAGACAAACGUGGCCCCAUUCCUUCAGGCUAUGCAUUUCUUUUAUGGCCUUGGUGCGUUUGUGAGUCCCAUGAUUGCGGCCCCUUUUAUACUGAAUGUGGAUUGUUCAAAAUACAUAGACGGCAUUACACAAAAACCUCAAGUCACGGGGACAGUUGAAAAUGUGUCUAUGACGUCAGUUCCGCCAAAUCCUCCACGGUUGUCACGUGCCAUCAAUUUGAGUAAUUCCAAAACAGCAUUCCUGAUAUUAGGUUCUAUACAGCUAGUUAUAACUAUUAUCGUGGUCCUGGUAGUUGUACUAGAGAAACAGAGGUUUAUAGGAACCGGUGCUGCCCUCUCUCAGUCAAACAGCACAAGGUCCCUGCAUUCCGUAUCCUCAGACAAAGAUCUGAACGAUAUUUCCGGAGAAGGAGUGAUCGCCAGGUGUUUCUACUGCGGCACGCGGGAAAUGUUACUUGUCACCUUUAUGACGUCAGUACUAUUAUUCAUAUUUGAUGGUUUACAGUCUUCAUAUGCAGACUAUAUAUAUUCAUAUUCGGAAAAGAAUGUGAAUGGUCUUAAAAAAGGAGAGGGAGCCGUGUUAAACGCCUGUUUUUGGGGUCUCUUUGCCUUGGGGCGACUUUUCUCCAUCGGAAUAGCAACAAGAUUUACUCCCGCAUUUAUGCUGCUUUGUAAUUUA